GAAAAUAAUGGUGACAGACGUGCAGCUGGCCAUAUUUGCCAACAUGCUUGGCGUCUCCUUGUUCUUGCUAGUGGUGUUAUACCACUACGUUGCUGUGAAUAACCCCAAGAAGCAGGAGUAGAGUUGUACAGUAUGACUGCAGAGGUCAGUGAGAUGAGAUGGACAUCAAAACCACCACCUUGAUUACAUCAUUCCCCUCAUCAUCUCCUCUUUCUAAGAGGUGUAAUUUCUGUUUGCACAAGGAUCUUUUUUUCUUUUUCUAAUAAACAUGUUUGAAUUUGAA